AUGUUAACCAAUGAAAGAGCCCAUUUUUGGUCAGGAGGGAUUUCACGAAGUAAGUCUGAGGGAAAUUUAUGUGACAUGGAAGGUCAAAAAUCCUCAAGAAAUUUCCAUAUUACAGAAUGUCCAGACCCAGGAUUUCUUCUCAAUUGGCCAGAUGCUUUCACCUGUCAUGGCAAUAGUGCUUCCAAAAUUACAAAUCCAUUCUGGAAUGAAUUGUCUGCUUCUAACCCAUUUUUGGAUGACAUAACUCAGCUAAGAAAUAACCAGAAGAGAGACAAUAUUUCCAUCUUGAAGGAAGAUCCUUUUCUCUUUUUUAGAGAAAUAGAAAUCGGAAAUUCUUUUGAUUCCUCUGGCGAUGAACUGGACGUGCAUCAGUUGCUUAGGCAGUCUUCCCCACGGAAAGCUGGAAGAUCUAAAAGUGUUUCAGAACUUUUGGACAUUUUAGAUGACACAGCACAUGCCCAUCAGAAUAUACAUAACUCUGACCAGAUACUAGAACAAGACUUAGAAUGGCUUCAGAAUGACAGAGAGGCUUAUAAAAUGGCUUGGUUAAGUCAGCGCCAGCUGGCCCGUUCCUGCCUGGAUUUGAAUAUAAUUAAUCAGAGUCCUGGAUGGGCCCAAACACAAGUUGCAGAGACUGUGACAGUUUGUAAGUUAAGCCACCAAGGAGGAUCAGUACAAUUACCUGAAUCAGAUAUCACUGUUCAUGUACCCCAAGGCCAUGUAGCUGUGGGAGAAUUCCAAGAGGUAUCUCUAAGGGCUUUUCUUGAACCUCCACAAACGCUUAACCAUGAUCUUUCAUGCACCGUAAGUCCACUGUUGGAAAUCAUGUUAGGCAACCUUAACACAAUGGAAGCCAUUUUGCUGGAGAUGAAAAUAGGGGCUGAAGUGAGAAAGGAUCCUUUCAGCCAAGUCAUGACAGAAAUGGUAUGUUUACACAGCUUGGGUAAAGAAGGCCCUUUCAAAGUGUUAAACAACUGCUAUAUUUAUGAAGACAUUAUUCAAGUCAAGCUAAUAGACUUGAGCCAGGUGAUGUAUCUAGUGGUUGCUGCACAAAUUAAAGCUACUCAGUCACCAGCUGCCACCAUUUGGGAUUGUAUCCACAAAACCACAUCAGUUGGAAUUUAUGGGCCCAGAUAUAUUCAUCCCAGUUUCACUGCUAUUUUUAUAGUUUGUGGACACAGUUAUAUGCCAGGAAAGCUUACAAUCUCUGAUAUUAAGAAGGGUGGUAAAAACACAUCUCCGGUUGUGUUUCAGCUUUGGGGGAAGCAUUCAUUCUUCCUUGACAAGCCACAAGAUUUAAAUAUUUCUGUUUUUUCAUGUGAUCCUGAUUUUGAAGUGAAGGCAGAAGGAGAAAGGAAAGAAAUUAAACAAAAGCAGUUGCAAGCAGGUGAAGUAGUUAAUCGACAAUUUUUAUUUUCCUUAGUUGACUCCAGAGAAAUGCACUUGUUUGUUUUCCGUGUUCAGGUGGAGCCUCCCAAUGGUAGAGCACUUACACAGUUCUUUAUCACUACACCUGAUCCAGCUCCGAGCCUAAAAAGGCUCUCAAAUUUGCCAGGUAAUUUGCAGGAAGAAAAGAAAAUCAGGUCUGCUCCAUUGUUACCAACAGUGUGUAUUAAAUAUCCCACAUUUCAGGACAAAAAAAUGAACUUCACCAACUAUGGGGUAGCCUUGAAGACAGUGCUAAGACAAAAAAAGAUUGACUACUUACUUGAAUAUUUCAAAGGGGACACAGUAGCUCUUCUUGGAGAGGGUAAGGUAAAAGCUAUUGGGCAGUCCAAAGUGAAAGAAUGGUAUGUGGGAAUCUUGAGAGGUAAGGUUGGACUUAUACAUUGCAAAAAUAUCAAGGUGAUUGCCAAGGAACAAGUAAUAUCUAUGUCAGAUAAUGUCUUCACAACCAGAAAUCUUCUUGAACAAAUUACCCUACCCUUUAAAAAACUGACGUACAUCUACUCAGUUGUAUUGACCUUGGUGUCAGAAAAAGUUUACGAUUGGAAAGCUUUAGCCGAUGUCUUGGGUUACUCACAUCUGGCACUAGAAGAUUUUGAUCAAAUACAAGCAGACAAAGAAUCGGAAAAGGUUUGCUAUGUCGUAAAGAAGUUAAAGGAAGAUUGCCAUGCAGCUAGACACACCAGGAAGUUUCUUUAUGAACUUAUUGUGGCUCUGCUGAAGAUGGAUUGCCAAGGGUUAGUAGCACAGCUCAUCCAAGAGGCUGCUAUUCUGACAUCAGCUGUCAAACUUGGAAAAGGCUGGAGGGAACUAGCUGAAAAGUUAGUGCGACUCACAAAGCAACAGAUGGAGGCAUAUGAAAUUCCUCAUCGAGGAAAAGCUGGAGGUAUUGCUGUUGAGAUGAUGUGGAAACCUGCUUAUGAUUUUCUCUAUAAUUGGGGUGCUCAUUAUGGAAGUAGCUACAGAGACGUGUUACAAGACCUUCAAUCGGCUUUGGACAGAAUGAAAAACCCUGUGACCAAGCAGUGGCGAGAGUUAACUGGAGCUUUAAUACUGAUACAUUCCUUAGAGUUUUUGAGAGCAACUGCAUUCUCUACUUCUGAGGAAGUAUAGGGUAUGUUUUGGGGAAGAGGGAGAAUGGUAGGAGGGAAAUGGAGUGCAUGUGUGUGUAUGUGUGUGUGUGCGUGUGGUGUGUGCACACACACGCGUACAUGAAGAAUCUCAGAAAAGUAUUACUUUUUUUUUUCAUUUGUCAAAAAAUAUUUUUUCCUGGUGAAAGCACAGCUUAACACAAAAUCCAAGGAUACAUUUUAUAAUUAAACAUGUAAUUUUAUAUGUUUCAAAUGCAAACAUUAAGCCAUUUUGUUGUUGAGAAAGGACAAUAAAACCCUUGCCCCUUUCAAAGUUGCUUUAAUUUCUUUAAGUCAAAACAAAUGGCUGUUAGCAUAAUUACCUCACACAGUUACCUAGAUAAACUAGAGGCUCCCAGUGUGAACACUGGAGUUUUACUUGUAGCGGGUCUAGAGAGAGGAGAAGCAAACACAUACUCUGUGCACAGGCACAGAGCCACAAGCUUUCUAUAUUCCAUUCUUUUAUUUAUUAGUGGAGUUUGCUAACAUUAUUCCCAUUUUUCAUCUGAAAAGACUAAGGACUGGUGAGGACACUCAGGGCAAAUAGCCAAUGGGAAAUAAGUUUUCUGUCUGCAAAAUCUGGUUUUAUUAUUUUUUUUAAGCAUAGCACAUAGCAAAAUAGUAAAAAACUAAAAGUGCACAUUAAAACUUAUAGGGACAUAGUAGCAACUUCAUUUUAAGUGAAACUUGCUGCACUUUUCCACCAUCUAUUGAAAGACUGCCAGAAAAAAAAUAUGACUGAUCAUCAGAAAUCUGUUGUUUGCAUCCAUGGACUAGAGUUUUCACCAUCUUCCUUCCCCUAGCAUCUUGGGACAUAGCUAACCCUGCCUAACUUGGAUUUUUUCUUCAGGAUCAUUGUGCAGAGCAGUUCUUUAACUCUCAGGGAUUUUUAAUAAGAAAAAUUAUUUUAAAAAUUUUUUAACGUUUAUUUAUUUUUGAGACAGAGGGAGACAGAGCAUGAACAGGGGAGGGUCAGAGAGAGAGGGAGACACAGAAUCCGAAACAGGCUCCAGGCUCUGAGCUGUCAGCACAGAGCCCGACACGGGGCUCGAACUCACGGACCAUGAGAUCAUGACCUGAGCCGAAGUCGGACGCUUAACCGACUGAGCCACCCAGGCGCCCCAAGAAGAAUUAUUUUUUAAAAACCUGACUUAUCACUGUUGAAUGAAGCAGUCGUAACCGCCCAAAACACUGAUAUCUGUGGGUGUGAAUGCUCAUGUGCUCAUACAAACACACGUGUGUGUGUGUGUGUGUGUGUGUGUGUGUGUGUAUGUGUUUACCAGAGUGUUUCAGAAAGCUUUUGCAAGACAGAGAUUACAUAGGGAAUUAGGGCAGUGCAAAUGCUAACUGCUGGUAGAGUUCACAAAGAGUUGGUUUGUGCUUACUCAUAUGUUCAAUCCUUUGGCCACAUGCCAGUGUUUAUGUGCUUUGGACAGUCAUUCAUUUAUUGUAUUUAAUCAACAGAUGGAGUAUGUGUACCUUCUCUGUGGCAGGCACGUAGAUGCUUGAGGUUAAUAGUGGUGGAAGAAAGAGCAUGAUCCCUGACUUCAGUAUUGCUAAGUUAUAGAGACAGGCAACAAUUUAAAACACUAUACAAUUAAAUGUAAAAUUAGAUCAGUAACAACAGUUACAAUGGACAGGCCAGAAUGCCAAGAGAUAUAGAUAUGAAAGGCCAUUUAUGAAUCCAAAGGGUCAGGGAUGUUUUCUCUGGGAAAGAAAUGAUGAACCUGAAGGAGGAUCAAGCACUGCUUUUAGUCCGGGGAAGGUAGAAGAGGUCGUUCCUCAAUGCAUUGAAGCCCUGAGGCAGGAGGGAAACUCCAGAGAUGCAGAGAGCCUGAGUGAAGGGUUUGAAAGGGUGAAGAAGUGAAGGAAGGAAAGACACACCCUCAAAGGUAAUAUAAUGAGCUGAAUAAGGAUUUUGUUUGGGGAUCCUGAAUAAAACAUAUCCAUUUGGCUAAAAAGUAAAAGCAGAAUCUUUUUAGAGCUUUUAAUACACCUACCCUGGGGUAUUUCUUAUGCUGGCAAAGGUAAUUUGAAUUAGGUUUAAGAACAGUCUUUAAGGCUUUCAAUAUUUAUAUUUGAUAAUAAGAGAACAUAGCCUGCCCAGGGAGUUAUGUACACACAUUCAAGGACAGAAUUUAUUUUAGUUGAAAAUAAAUUCAGGGAGAGGGAGGAAAGAAAUAGUUUGUAAGUUCAGGACACAAUCAUUUUUAGUGGUGAUUUUGCUUUCCUUAGAACAUUCUUGGAAUCUUAUUAACAUGUCAGCAAACCAGAGAAUUUCGGGAAGAGAUAGUAAGGAAUUAAUAACUGGGUUUUUCCAGGCUCCAAGAUCUGAGAAGACAGAGAUCUUGUUAGCUGAUUAGGGUAGUAAGAUUAAACAAAUCACUUCAGGUUUACAUCGCAUCAUGUGUUGCGACUGUGGCUGGGAAGUUUAAAAAGAGUUUAAAAAAUGAAAAACAUGAAGUGCAACUUAAGGAUGAAGCAAUGGCUUAAAUAAUAAUAUAUACAAAGAUAUCUUAUAGUCUUGUAACAAAUCCUUCCAGAGGAAUUUUAAACCCAUGUCCAAACAUUCUGUUCUUAUAAAUAUAUUCUAAUAUUUUUAUGAAUCACUUUUA